CUUUUCCGGUUGUUCCACCAUGAAAGUUCGCAGUGAACUGAAAGAAUACAAGAUCGUUGGAAGGGCCCUCCCGACCCCAAAAAACAGGGUUCCUCCUCUGUACCAAAUGAGGAUUUUCGCUACGGACAUUUGUACCGCGAAAUCCCGUUAUUGGUAUUUCGUCUCGAACCUUAAGAAAAUGAAGAAGACUAAAGGCGAAAUCGUUUGCUGUCAAAGGAUUUACGAAAAGAGACCGUCGGUCAUCAAGAACUUCGGCAUAUGGUUGCGUUACGUUUCCCGAUCGGGUAUUCACAACAUGUACCGAGAAUAUCGGGAUUUGACAACCUCUGGAGCUGUUACCCAGUGUUAUCGCGAUAUGGGAGCUCGUCACCGCGCCAGAGCCAGCUCUAUCCAAAUCAUGAGAGUUGAAAUAGUGCCGUCUUCAAAAUGUCGUCGACCCCACAUCAAACAAUUUCAUGAUAGCAAGAUUAAGUUUCCGCUACCACACCGUAUUUGCAAGAACUUGCAUAAACCUAGAUUCAGCACUAGGAGACCUCAUACUUUCUUUUGA